AUGAUAACAAGGUUUGUCCCAGGGCACGAUGCACGACUGAAUUCGACUGUUCCGCUUGGCCAUCAAGAAGGUAUCGAAAUCUCGUUCUACUUCUCGAACGAAAUGAACUGCACUAGUGUGACCGAAAGAAUUACAAUCACAUCCAAAACAGAAGACGCUACGGCUGCUUCUAUACUCAAACGCUCUGUCAAGUGCGCCAAUGUGCCUCGUCAGGUUGAACUUGACGUUCCAGGAAACAUCCCGAGCAUCUGGAAGUUCAGCGCCACGCUCACUGGUGUCGGCCACGGUGUACACGCUAUUACCGUUAAAGACGUUCCAAUGGAGACUGGUACCAAAUCAACUAGGUCGACCGAUAAGUUCCUUUUCCGUACUGGCGCACAGGAUAACCCGAUUGCAUUCCCGCGUUCGGCAAACUACAGCUCUAGUCUGCUACAGCGACGUGACAAUGGCACCCUUUUCAUUAGUCACAAGGCUGCUGGAGCUGAUUACUGGAGGUAUACCUUGGACUGGACGAAUUAUAGUCAGUGGUUCACGUACCAGGGCGGGGAAGUUAAUAUUCCGCCCAAGAACUGGACAGGAACAGCCAAGCAAAAGUGGAAGGGCGAGCAUGUAAUUGUUGAGUAUUAUAACAGGGAUUCUGGCAGCUCUGAUUACGUCUAA